UUCUCUGUUUCCGUCAGGAGUUUAAUGUUACGCACACACACGAGAAACAUUGCUGUCUACACGUGAAUCUGUGGGAUGUUGUGAAUUCUUCUGUUACUCUAUUUAUUUUUCUAAUUCUUGUUCAGUGUUCGUGUACAAUGGUAGAAGUAGAUGAGGAUCCCCAGUUGGGGUUAGAGUCCGAGGAAGACGACGAAGUAUUAUCAGACGGAGAGCUGCAAGAAGCUUUCGCCAAGGGUUUGCUUAAACCUGGAUUGAAUGUUCCUCUGUUUGAGCCAAAGAAGGCCAUCAACAAUGUGGAGGGUCUAAAGAAAUGUCUGGCUGACUUUAAGAAGAACCUGCCGUGGGAUGAAAGGCUGGACCUCACUAACUACCCCGCUGUUGACAUCGUUGCAAAAGCGGAGGGCAAACCACACCAACCAGAAGGCAGUGAAGAAAUCAAUGCAGAGGAUGACUUUCAGAGGGAGAUGUACUUCUACCGACAGGCCCAAGCAACCGUUUUAUCGGCGCUGCCAAAACUGCAUAAGUUUAAAAUUCCUACCAAGAGACCUGAAGAUUACUUUGCAGAGAUGGCCAAGACCGAUCAGCACAUGCAGAAGAUUAGGAAAAAGCUUAUUCUCAAGCAAGCUGCAAUGGAGAAGUCAGAAAAGGCCAAGAAGCUCAGAGAACAGAGGAAAUAUGGCAAAAAGGUUCAAACGCAGGUGAUUCAGAACAGACAGAAACAGAAGAAGGCAAUGCUAUCAGCUGUAAAGAAGUAUCAAAAAGGAAUGACAGAUAAAUUGGACUUCCUGGAAGGAGAUCAGGAUCAGAGACAGAAAGGAUCAGCAGCGAAAAAGCAAGUAAACAAAAAAAGUCUGAAUGCUAAGAGGAAAUACAAGGAGAAGAAGUUUGGCUUUGGAGGCAGGAAGAAGGGCAGCAAAUGGAACACCAAAGACAGCCAUGACGACGUCUCAGGGUUCAAGGCCAAAAUGGCUCAUGGGAAAGGUGGGAAAAAUUUCGGCAAAGGAGGCAAGAAUAAACGGCCAGGGAAGGAGGCAAGGAAGAAAAUGAAGGCACGCAAAUGAGCUGUAUCUUCCCAUUAGUACCUCUCACUCAAAUGGAUUGUGCCAUUAAAAGACUUUUUUUAUCUCUAUUUCCUAUUACGUGGGUGAAGUCAUGGCUGUUUUUUUUUUUCCCCUGACGAACACCUUUUUAAUUUCCAGAAGACUUCUCCAUACUGCCUGAAAACAAAUGUUUCAGAUUUUAUUAUUUUAUAUUUGUAUUUAGCGGACUAAUGUUAAAACCAUUCGGGGUGCUGACGCUGCAUUUAGACACGACCAUAAUUCUUUCCAUUUAAAAAAAUAUUUAAUUGAUAAGUUUUCCAUAGAUGUGCAUCUGUAUCUUAAAUGUUUUUUGUAUGUAAAGAGACAGCCUGUAAAGCUAAUUUUCCCCUACAUGUCUGGGUCCAGCAAGUGCACAGUGCAUCAGCAAAUCAAUUCACAGAAAUGUUUGUAUUUGCAAUGGGAAUAAACAUACUGCUUUGUCUGCUUA